UUAGCCCGGUCACAUUUCGCGGGAAGAUAUUCUUACCCCUUCGAUGUAGCGUAGUAUUACUUCCAUCAGGAUGGUCAGACCGUGCUAUAUAUAUCUGAGUAACUUACACCCUUUUGUCCACUGCGCAGGCAAACUACUAUCAACCCAUCCCACUCGCCACCUCUCGACUUUAUCGUCAGCUUUGGCACACUUGAAUAUUAUCAGCUCGCGUGCAACCAAAAAGUCUCCUACCCACCUCCAAAUAGAAACAGACUCCCGUGUCACCUACAUUCAGACCUAGAGUCCUAACAACCGAAAUUAUCAACAAUCACCACCUUCAUACGACCCAAUUCCAAUAAUACGAUGGCGGGUAAUAGGCGCCUCCCUAGGUAUUGGAAGCCGGCACAUAUCCUGGCUUUCUGCUUUCUACUCUACACCGUCGCCAACUUCAUAUGUACUAAACAUUACGAGCUAUUAUUGGAUGCGAAAAUGUGGUGGCUCGUCUGGUGUCUGUAUUGGGCGUCCACUGCCACGGCCAGUUUUGUGCUUAUGGUUCUCUUUCAAAACUUUGUGGACUGGCUUGUUCCUGUCUCUUACGGCGGGGUGGAACUGGAGCGACUUCAUGCACUGAACGAGGGCAAGGAAGAAUGGGAAUGGGGGGCGGAAGCAGAGAGUUUUGCCGCGGCCUUGGUCGCGCUAUCAGGCUGAGCCUCUCUCAGUGGCUUCAGGAGAUAUGACGGGUCACUGAGCACUGGAAUUUCUCACCACAGGGUCUGGGUUUAGAUCACUUGGCCGUCUUCCUCUAGUGUGCAUUGGUGGGAUGGUCUGGAGGGAGGCAAAUACAGCAUUUUGACGAGGGAAGAAGGAAAUUAAGUAGAAGCCUUCAAGUUCGAGAUAUUUGGAAGGGAGGAUUGCCAUCUGGGAGCCAAGGAUAUGUGUCUCAUCGAAACUACCCCCUAUUCACGAUUCUUACUAAGCAAUGCUGAAUCAUCAGUAGUUGGAUUAUGUAAUAUGGUGACAAGGAGACCUGAGUCAUCUAUUACCUAAUGAAGAAUAAUCUAAUGAUGUGUAACUUACUGAGGCAUUACUUAAUGAAAGAUGGCUUGAAGAGAUUACCUAAAGCAGCAUGAUAAAUAUUAUGUAACCCAUCUG